AUGUUUAAAUCAAGAUUAUUAUGGUUUUUAGCUGUGUUUAGCUACGCUUUUAUGCUUAAACUACUUUAUUUAAGUUAUGUUUCGUCUAUCAGUGUCGAAAAAAAAAAUGCUACGGGUACUGCUGCAGUCACUACUAAUAUCAAUUCCAAAGUGGCUUCAGGGGAUCCUAAUACCAAACCUUUACAUGCUAAUGAUAUAAAACCGUUAAAAGUAUUGCAUGACCCUUUAUACAUGACAUUUCUAUUCCAAUCAUCUUGGCUAUUGAUUUUUCCUAUCAUGCAAUUAUAUAAUUGUUUAAAGUACCGUAUUUCCCCCAACGUUCAAUUUAUGUUGUGCUUGCAUUUACACAGGAUACCAGUUUUUAAAAAUGUCCAAAAAAGGAACAGAAGUGAUUCCAGCACUACCAUCACGGAUACCAAUUCGAACUUAUCGGAAAAUGAAUUUUUAUCAAGACAGGGUAGUCCACAACAAUUAGACGAUUUGCAAAGUAGCGAAAGAUAUGCUAAUAUUCAUACAGCCACUCUUAACAGCAAUGUUGCUAUGGAGCAUGCACAGCCCGCUGUGAUAACUGAAGUCGUGGGUAGAGAAAAUAGUGACGAACAUAACAUUGAUGAACAAAUAAUUGAAGAGGACGGAUUAAGUGCUUCGAAUGCUAAUACUGAGACCAUAUUUAACAAUACUGGUAAUUUAACAACAACUGCACAUCAAAGUAGAACUUCAGAAUUACCAAUUCUGGAACAAGGAAGCAGUUCUUUGGGCAAUAGCGCUUCUUUUGCUCAUCUUCGUGCUCUGGAGGAGCAAUUAUCAAAAACCACUGAUAGAAAAAGUAGAGAAACUUUGCAUAUGUUAAUCAAUCAUUAUAGUAAGCUGAGCGAGACUGUUACGAACAACGAAGAAAAUCUUGUUAAAAACAAUAAUGGUGAUGUUGUUUUUGCCAAUAGCAAUACUGGCGGUAAUAGUCCUAGUAAUAUUGUUGCUGUUGCUGCCACCACCACCACCACCAUUAACGGUAAUAGUAGUAAUGUUAAUAACAACGACACUAGUAAUAAUGAUACUAGUACUACUAUUAAUAGCAGCACUAGUGACAAUAAUGAUACAGAUCAUGUGAAUACUCCAGAUGCCGUCACAACUCCAAGCAAGUUUGCAAUUUUGAAUAGUUUCCAAAUUAUAAGAUCGCUGACUAUAUCUCUUUUAAUGUCUGCUGCGACCUAUUGCAUUUUUAUUGCGCUACCUUCAAUUCCGUUGAGCGAUUUAUCAAUUAUGUCUAACUUGAGUGUUUUUGAAAUUUGUAAUUUGUUAUUUGCCUUUACAGGCAUCGCAAGAUUGAAAACAUCUUCUGUGAAUCGUAAUAACAAUAGUAGCAGUCACCGUCCCUCUGUUAUAGCGAAUCCUUCGUCAUCAUUACGUCAGAUAUGGUUGGAUUUUGCAGGUAUCUGUUUUUGCAUAAUCAGCGUUGUUAUCAUAACGUCACAAGGACAAGGAACGGGUAGUUUGAAUGAUGCUAUUGAUCCAUAUGUUUUCGAUCGUUUGGCAGGAUGUUUGAUAUCUGGGCUAGGAUGUUUGACUAUUGGUCCUUGCUGUGUUAUAUGGUUCAAAUAUAUUUAUCCGCAAAUCGUUGUUUUGGAAAAGAAAAAUAAAAGAAUUUUCAAUGGCUUGCCCAUAUUUAUUUCUAAUAAUGGGGAUAGAGAGCGAUUUUCAUUGCCAAUGCGUGCUAACGAUAACGAUCUGAUGACACAUACCACUUCUAUUAGUACAUGUUCUGGCGGCACUGUAGGCAGUAUGCAUUCUAGACAUGUAAGGAAGAUAUGGCAGAAUAUAUUAUUAUCAUUACAAGCAAGUAUUAUAGGCUUGGUAAAUUUUAUAAGUUUAGGUUUAUUACUGCUUAUAAGAUAUCAUUAUAAUCAAGGCAUCAAGUCUGCAACCUCAGGAUCAGAUGCAGCUGACACUGGUGCAGCCAACAUUAGUAGUCCCUCGCAUAUAUUACUGGAUCCUAAAUUGAUUUUUUCUAUUUUGUUUGGCUAUUUACCAUUUAUCAUUGCGAUAAUACAGUUAACUUUGUAUGAAUCUGCAGGUUAUGCCUCUACGAUAUGUUUGGGAAAUAUUUUGUGUACUGCAAUUGUAGAAUGGAUCUUUAAUAACAAUACAACUAACGUUAUUGUUGUAACCAAGGGCGAAGCUGCUGGUUAUCUAUUUUUGGCUAUUGGGUUAUGUUGGAUGUGUUGCACAUAUAAAAAAAGAACAUAUUAUUGA